AUGUCGAUGUUCCGCCCCAAGAAGCUCGACCUGAGCUGCUUCACCCUGAGCUGCUUCACCAAUGUGCGCGUCCUGCGCGACAACGCCAAGCGCCAGGUCUUCCAGGAGCACGAGACCCAGAGGCAAGCCCUCCGAUACCUCAUUCGCAACACGACCCUGCCGCCUCGCGUGCGCGCCGAAGCCCAGCUGCAGCUGACGCAGAUGCACGCCUACACGCGCCCCACGCAGAUCAGGAACCGGUGCAUUAUGGGUGGAAAGAGCCGCGGUGUUUUCAGGGACUUCAAGAUGUCCAGGACGAUUUUAUUUGGUUCAACGAGGUACUGGUCGUCUCAGAAAUCAGUCUUGGGCGGCGCCGUGUUUGAUUAUGGGGCCCAGCGGUUGUUUGGGCGGACUUACUUCCUUCUCGGUUUCCCCUCAGUCUCAGACAUCGAUCUGCACAAUGUUCCGCCGCAAGUGGUCUGGUCUCCCCAGAGACUAUCUCUUUCCUUCCAAUCUCAAGGACCUUGGGUUAGUCAAACGCUCGUUGGUGCAACUCUAUCUAACCGUCACAGGUACUUCAUCAACGAAGAUGACGAGAUCCGCAGCGUCACUGACCCCGACCGCUACUUCAAAUACUGGAUCGAUAAGAACAUGCGUGUCAACGGCCGUCAACGUUUCCACUUCAACGGUCCGUCUGCAGCACGCAGUCAUUCGGUUUCUCCCGCUGAUCGAUCACUAGAUGCCGUCCAAAAGAUUGUCCAUGCCCGCCUUGAAGCCGAAGGCCUAGAGCAGCAUAGCCUUCCCUUUGGCUCAAAGCCCGCAGAUCCCCAAGUGACCAUCUUCGCGAGCGCAGAUCUAUAUCGCAAGUCACGAGUCACCGUCAUAUUCGGCGAACCCAACCAAAGCCUCGGCAUCCUCGCCUUGCGCGUUGCCAACGGGCCCGGCGGCAUCAGCAUGGGCACCAUGGUCUCGGUUGUGCAGACCCUCAAGCAGCAAGUUUCGUCACCCGACGACUCGCAAUCUCCAGGCAUCAUUCUCUGCAAUGUGGGCGCCGUGUUCUGGUGCCUGAGAAGAGCGCGCCUGACCCUCGGCCACAUGUCUGAUAUGCCACUCGCCAGCCUCGCACAUCACGGCCGCCGCAUCACCACAGCAAACCAGGUUCCCGGGCUCGAGACGUCAGAAAAGCACAUCAGCUACAUAUUUGAGGCUGUACUGCCUGCCCUGACGAGCGAAGACGCGCGACUUGACCUCCUUGGCAUCGGCCUUAGUGCAGAUAUGCUUGAGGCGUACCUAGACCAAGACUAUGUCUGGAGCCGGUGGGGAAGUCGCAUAAACACGCUUUCCAUUCUCGGUGGCAUCACCGACAGUGCAAGCCUGAAGCACCAGGACUUUAGGGAUUUUCUUGCCAAGCGCGCCCGGGCAUACAUUACAUCCGAAGAGCCGGCUGAUAUGCCCCUCGCGGGACCUCAUGGCAACAGCAAGACUUCUGCUUUUCUAAACCACGGUACCGCGGCUGUUUACAGCUCGGGCGAGCCCUACUAUGUCGAGAUGAUACUCGUGCGGGCGCGCGAGUCGAUUCUCGGCUGGCUUGGCGAGGUUGCUGCUGCGGGAUUUGCCGCAUAUCAACACCCUGAGAUCACGGUUGUCGACAUUGCGUCUCAGAUGGAGGCGAGUACUGAGUCUGCUUGGGCCAAUGUUGAUACGGAGUGGGGUGACGUCCCGGUUGAUGUGAAGCCGACUAUCAGCUUCGGAGGCGAUGGGCAUGAUGUGACAGCCGCAGCUGAGCUGGUGAUCAGUCGUGAGUCUGACUAA